UGCCUUUUUUCAAUAAAUAAGUAAAAUAAUGUGAUCCUGGAAAAGUAUAAAUUGCUAAACUGGGCUCUUUCUGCAGGUACUGUCCGGAUGUGGUGUUUAUGAUGGCACUGAAAUCCACGAAGCUUCAGCCAUAUUGGUCCAUUUGAGCCGUGGAGGAGCCAGUGUUCAGAUGUAUGCUCCAAAUAUUUCUCAAAUGCAUGUUAUUGACCACUGCAAAGGACAGCCAGCUAAGGGUGAAUCAAGAAAUGUCUUGAUAGAAUCUGCAAGGAUUGCUCGUGGCAAAGUUACAGAACUGACAAAACUUUCUGCAAAAGAUCAUGAUGCUGUAAUAUUUCCUGGGGGCUUUGGCGCUGCAAAAAACUUAUCUACAUUUUCUGUGGAUGGGAAAGACUGUAAAGUGAAUGGAGAAGUUGAGCGUGUGCUAAAGGAUUUCAACAAAGCUGGGAAGCCCAUUGGUAUGUGCUGCAUCUCACCUGUUUUGGCUGCAAAAGUUCUUCCUGGUACUGAAGUCACAGUAGGGCAUGAAGAAGAGGAAGGUGGUAGGUGGCCUUAUGCUGGAACUGCUGGGACCAUUAAAGCAAUGGGAGGAAAACACCGUGUUAAAGAAGUAACAGAUGCCCAUGUGGACACAGCCAACAAGGUGGUAACUACUCCAGCCUAUAUGUGUGAAACAGAAUUGCAUCACAUUUUUGAUGGUAUUGGAACUAUGGUAAAACAUGUGUUGAAGAUGACAGGCAAAUAAAAUAAAGUCCAUGCUAGUUUGCAGACGUGGCAACAUUGAUUCGAUAUAGAAUUUACUUCUGCGUAAACACACUCAGGGUUGCAUUGGACUGACUUGUUUAGUCCUAUGGAAUCAUUACCCUUUGCUUUUUUCAGUAGCAUUCAGGCCACGCAGCUGACAACUUGGUUGUUUCCUGGCCUUGUAAAACCAUAUGCUGCAUAGUGAAACAUAGUAGAUAAAAAUUUUACUCAAUAAAGUGAAUAUAGUCUAUAAGAAAUUUAAUUACUCAUGGUCCUGGCAGUUAAAAUAUUACUGUAGAAAAGCAAGAUGAGAGUAAAUUACUGACCUAAAAAUUGUGGAGCUCUGUAUCCUGGUGCUAUCGUGUUGAAGUCUCCUGUGAAGGUAGUAAUCAAGAGUUGAAGGCUUAGGGUUUUCUCACUUGGUGCUACAUUUGGACAAGUACAGUAAAAUUUCCAUGUCUUGUCAGAGUCUAAAUAAUGAGAAUAUUUCAAGUCACUGGAUAAAGUGAAGAUUAUUUGAAUUAGACUUGUAGUCCUUAGUCAUAUACUAUAAAAUAAAAUGUGUUUGUUACUGGCA